AAAAAAAACUAACAUACAGAGACCUGCCAGUAAUUUAGACUCACUGGAAAUAGCUUAUUCACACUAUUCGUCGAGCAACAUAAUUCAUGAUUUUUCAAUUUUCCUUAAUCGAGCAAAUUUAACUUAAAAUGUUGCUUUAAGGUGAUUCCCUGAGUUUUUGGAUUGAUAUUUUACGAAAGAAAAUUAAAACAAGUUAAUUAAUAGCUAAAAAAAUAGAAAUGAAAUUUGGUAAAAUCAAAACAAAAUUCUAUCUUUUUUCAAUAGGGACCAUUGAAAAAUUUAGUCUAAAUUACUGGCAGUCUAAAUUACUGGCAGGUCUCUGUAGUAUUUCAUAUUUUGCAUUAAAUUCUUUUCAGAAUAAUUUUAAACUGUGAAUUUUUAUACUUUAGCCUCGUCGAUUUUACAUUAGGUCUCCAUUUAGGUACAUUCCACAAUGGAGGUUCAAGAAGACGCUUCAUCGCUUCUGCAUAAUUCUUACAAAACAGGAAAGUGUAGUGAUGUAACGAUCAUGAACGGAGAUGAGGAGUAUCGUGUCCAUAAACUUGUUUUGUCGGCUUCAAUUCCUUAUUUUGAUAAAAUGUUUUCCACUGGACUCUCAGAAUCAACAAGUGAAGUGAUCAAACUUGACCAUCCGCCGAUUAUAUUUGAUCUUAUUAUUGAAUGGGCUUAUUGUUCCAAAAUAUUGAUUACAGAAGAAAAUGCUGCUGAGCUGUUCCAUCUUGCUGAUUACAUGAACAUACCUAAAUUAACAGCUUUAUGUUUGGAUUUUUUGUGGAACAAAUCUUCUGAUUCUCCGUUUAUAGAUGUUGGCCAUUGGAUAAACAAAAUUGCCACGGAAGAAGUACACGAUAUUAUUGACAGAUAUAUUUGUUCAAACUUCUGGGACAUUGUAAAUACAGAAACAUUUCUUGAUUAUGGUGUUGAUACUCUUGAUUAUAUAAUCAGUUUGGAUGACCUACAUAUUGAUAAUGAAAUACAAGUUUUUGAUGCUAUAAUAAGAUGGAUACAAAAGGAUGUCGAAAGAAGGUCUCAUCUUCCAAAAUUGCUUAAGAAGAUUAACUGGGUUGAUAUAAAUGGAGUUCAAUUCAUGAACAGAGUCGAUAAAUUGUCUUGGAUCAUGCAGGACUCGACGCGUCCUAUUAUCGUUGCUGCAGUUGAGCUCAGUUUUUUCAAAUCAUUGAAACAGAUACAAAUUAACGACGUUCAUUCCGGGCCUCGUAAUAAAUCUGACAUCUUUCACUAUGCUGUCUAUAGAAAAAAUGAUUCAUCUAUAGAAGUUCAUCAUUUUAAUGAAAAGUAUGAAUCCAUUAAUCUUUCUGAGAAUCUUUCUCUUCCUGAAGCUAAAUUUGGUGAGUCACAUAUAACUCAACAUAGUAUGGACUCUGAUGUUGUUAUCAGGAUUGACUGGAGAAAUAAAACUUAUCGAUUGUUCAACGGUUCUGGUAGUUACAGUCUUUUAUUUGGACGUUUAUUUCAAUUCAGCAAAGAAAACAAAAGAGUUUAUUUUUGGAAAGGAGACCGAAUCAUUGAGUUUGCACGUUUAUCCGAGAACAAUACAUCUAGUAUAACAGCUAUCAAUGGAGGGCUUUGUGUAUCGAUCAUAGCGGAACCAAAGGUGUCUAACAAUUGCAUUUUCACAUCGCAAUUGACGAUUGCGACAUGUAAUCCAGGUAAUACCCUGAAUAGGUUCAGGGUUCUUGAAAUUCACAAAAUUGUUACAAAAGAACCCAUAAAAUGCUUAAAAGUACAACCUUUCAUGACUUGUUGGUAAUAUUUGUAGACUGCAAAUUGAUCCUUACAUACGAUUUUGACAAAAAAACCAUUAGCGAGUAUAAAAAUAGUGACAUCAAUGGUGGUAGCCUGUACUUUCUAAAUUCUCGCACUGCUAGUCCAAGUCUGAUUAUUUUUAAUAAUGAUGGAGGCACAAGUAGACAAGGUUUCGAUAUUCAUAAUGGAGAACUGUAUCGUUGGUCUGAUUCCCGUAAUUCAGAUAUCCCCAAUAUUGAAUCCAAUUCAGAUCUGAUUGGUUUUAUUUCGCUUGAAGCGAAACACCACAAUAAGAUACAUGAUUGUCAAUUUGACCAAUAAAGAAACAACAGUUGUUUAAUUUUCA